GACGAUCUCUUAUAGGUGGUCCGAUUCGUUUGAAGUUGAGUCUUUUUCACAAUGAAAAGAUUCUGUGUCUCUUUGAUUUUGUUAGUCUCCCUUUUCGACGGAAUGCUGCGAAGUGUAGCUGGUGAAGAUUUUUGCUCUAACGAGGAUGAAGACUUAUCGUUUGAAACAAUACCUUGUACUGCGGUUAGGACAGGAAUGGUGCGCUCCACUGAAGGUCAAAAAUUUCUAAGCCUUUGCCUCAACAACCAAUGGAAGCCAUAUUACCCCCUAGGAAGCCCUGUUAAGGGUUGCUAUAACAACCGUAUUCCUGGUCUGAUUGGUCAUUGGCGCAUGAACGAGCAGACUGGAGACGAGGUGGCUGAUGACUCGGGUUAUGAGAACCACGGCUCGGCUGAUGUCCCAGUGCCUAAGUUAUCCAAGUUCACACGUGGUCGCCAUUUUGACUCCAGUGGACUCAUCUCCGUCCCAAACUCCCCGGUAUUGAAUUUGGGGGUGUCAAGCUUCACCGUGACUGGAUGGACAAAGAUUUUGGACGUCACCUACCCUCUGACAACCUUCGCUGUCCAGAAGGGUUAUGGCUGUUAUUUUCACCCAGACCGUCCGGGCGCGAAAGCCGGUUGGGAAAUAGGACACGGUUACAAUGCCAAAGGACUUGACGUUUGUAUACGAGACAAAGAAUUCAGAAUGACUCGAAAGAAAAUCGAGUUUGAUGAUGACUUUCAGCAACAUCAUCUUCUUGAUCAGUGGGUUCAUUAUGCAGUUGUCUUUGAUCGCCAACAGCAGAAGAAAGUCUUCCUUUACAUCAACGGCAAAAAGCAGUCCAAGUACCUCGACAUCUCAGCAGUACAAGGCAGCGUUGACAACACCAGACCUCUCAUAUUCGGUUACCUCUACGGCUGGAAAACUAAGGGAACUCUGGAUGAAUAUCGAGUUUACAACAAGGCUUUAGACGACUUCGAGGUGGGGGCCAUCUUCAAGAACCACCUUGUGUAACAAGCACUAAAAAGUUUUGCAAAUUAUACAAACUGUCUCCUCGUGAUAUGUUGGCAGAAUAAAAAAAUU